AUGUUCACACAGACGAGCGGGACCACGACGCACAGGCACGUCCCAGCCCUUCCGUGCCCAGCGGACCCGGAACACUGCUGGAGCGUGGCAAAGAGGUCGGCUGUGUGGCGCAACAGCAUGGACGCGGCGCAGCAGGCUUACCUCGACGCGCUCGCGGACGGCCACCCCGUCGCGGUCCGCCCGGCCGGAACGGCGGGGCGCGGCCUCUUCGCCACUUCGGCCGUGGCGGAGGGCGACGUCCUCCUGCGCGACGAGCCGUUCUGCUGGGCGCCGCGGCCCGACUCGCGCGGUGGCGCCAUAUUUCGAAGUGGCGACCAGUUCCUGCUUCUCGCCGCGCAGCUGGUCGGCGAGGCGGUGGCGCGGUACGCGGAGGCGAGCGAGGCGGCGCGGGAGGUAGGCGCGCACCUGCUGCCGCUGCGCUGCCUCUCCUCUCCGCGCUCCUGCCAGGCGGCGACCAGCGACGCGGCGCUGCACACGUCGCUGCAGGCGGUGCGCGCGUGCUUUGCGGCCGCGGCGGAGCGGUGGCCGUCCCUCGCGGAGGAGGCGCUGACGCCGCAAGAGUGGCGCCGCUGCGUCGGGGCGUCACGCGCAAACUCGAUCGGCGUCGCCGUGCCGUCGCCCCUCGUCCUCUACAUGGCCGAGGCAGAGGCGCUGCCGGCCGAGAGCGGCGAGAGGCGGCUGCUGGCGAGGCGAGGCGGCAAGCCCGUCUCCUCGCGCUGCUUCCCGCCGCACACCGGCUCCGCCGUCUUCCCGCUCGUCAGCCUGAUGAACCACUCCUGCGAGCCGAACGUGCAGGUCAUCUACCUCGAGAGCAACGCCGCCGUCGCGAUCGCCCUCCGCGGCAUCGCCGACGGGGAGGAGCUCUGCAUCCAGUACGUGUCGGCCGAGGCGCCGCUCGAGGAGAGGCGGCGCGAGCUGAGGCGGAGCGGUAGCAAGGCGGCACGCCGCUACAAGUAUUUCAGGACGUCUUGCAGCAGCGCAGCCGCGGCCUUCGCCUUGAUGUCAGACACGGGCACGUCCUCGAGUAUCGCAACCACCGCCUUGAUUCGCACCUUCAGGAGAAGCUUCUUGGCAGCUUGCGUGGCGGGCUUCUUGAUCUGUUUCGCGGGCCUCUUGAUCUGUUUCGGAGCAUCCAACAUCACCCAUUCCUCGCUGGUUGGCCUGCGUGAGGUUGACGCGGCCAUCGCCAGCGCCGAGGCCGCCCUUCAGAAGCUUCGCCAGCGACGCGGUCUGCUGCUGCAGUGGAGGCGGCGGAGGCGGCUUCCAAAGCAGCGAGAAGGCGCCGAGGCGGGCCGCGCGGCGCAGAAGCCCUCUUGCUCCUUCCCUCCCGCGUCGACGGUGCGAGGCGAGCCCGGACAGGCUGACGUCCGCCUCCGCCACCCAUUCUGCGAGGCCGUCAGGACGCCACUGCCGAGCGGGUCCCUGUCGGAGCUCGCGGCGGAGGGCGUGAGCGAUGUGGCCGUGCUGCCGUCGCUCCUCGUGCCGUGCUGCGCCCACUCGGGCACCACUUUCCUCUGGAGGUGCAUGCAGUACGCCUUCCACCCGGAGCGGGUCUGCGGCAGCGUCGCAGACAGAGCUGGCUGCGAGGGAGGCCGGUGCGGCAAGCAACGGCGGAGCGGGCGCGUGGCGGUGUACGCGCCGCUAGCGGCCGACUGGAGCCGCUCCGCGUGCGGGUCGCGGCGCUACUUGCUCCCCGGCCUCGCGGGGAACGUGCAGGGUCACUGGGACUACCGGAAGGAGUGGUUCUUCUACGGCGGAGGCGGGGCCGCGUGGCCAAAGGGGUGGGAGGAUUAUGCGGGCGUCGAGCUGCCCCUCUGCUACUGGGAGCGCGAGUACCAGCGGCUGCUGCGCGUGCGCCCCCUCGCCGACACGCUGGCGCACUCGAGGGCGCUCUGCUCCUCGGCGCAGCCGUCGGGAGGAGGCCUUUUCCAGGAGCCUUCCAGCAGCCUCCUCGGAGCCUUCUCGAAACCCCUUCUCCUGUAG